AUUCGUUGUUGGAUCUACAAUGCUUUAGCUGAAGACAUAGCGAAUAGUGUGAUGAGACUUGAGAAUGCUAAGGAUGUAUGAGAUAACCUAAAGAAUCGUUUCAGUCGGGAAGAUAAUAUGAGGGUUUAUGACCUUAAUGAGCUACUGGGUAAGUGUGUUCAGGGUGAGAAAUCAGUUACCCAAUACUUUACUGAUAUCACUGUGCUUUGGGAGGAGUAUAAGAGGUAUUGAUAACGAUGUAAUUGCACAUAUUUGCGCCCCUAGUUCUUAUCCGUUUGAGGGGCAUAGUCUUGUACUUUUGGCCUAUUUUACGCCGGGUUGUGCUAUUUUGUCAUAUUUCAGGUCCCAGGCGUCAAAGGAAAGGCUAAGCACGAGUUUCGGGGCAUUCAGAAGUCAUUUCGUCGAGCUGGAGCCAAAACACGGGCACACCUAAUUCAUUACACGGCCGUGUUCUGUAGCCGUGCUUUUACUGCCGAGAGCUAAUUCGAGUUUGGCAAACAUGAGCUGAUUACACGGGCUGAAAGCACGGCCGUGUUCUCCCAAAGCACGGCCGUGUUCUCUCCAAAGCACGGCUGUGUUUCUCCCAAUGCACUGGCCGUGUAAUUAACCCUAGCCAAAGCACGGGCGGGCUGAGGCAUUACACGGCCGUGCCCUCGACCGUGCUUUGGCCACUGAUGCCCUUUUAAGCAGAUUUUCAGCCAAAAGGAAAGGAGAGAGCUGGGUUUUGGAUCCCAAACACCCAAGGGACGAACCAAAGAGAGAGGGCGAUUUGAGGGCAUUCUUGGAGUGGAAUUGGAGGAUUUCUUUGCCUUGGAAGCUCGAGGAACAAGCCCGGACUUGAAGACUGAUCAUCUGAAGAUUCUUACUGCAGUCUCUCUCUUCUCUAUGGAGUAACUUUCCUUCACUUAGGUUUUGAGGAACCCUAGCUAUGUUUGUUUGAUUGGAUGAUUGUAUGAGUACUCUGACUUGAUAAUCUUGAGUUCAUAUUCAAUCUAUGCAUGUUUUCAUGAUUCAAUUCUGCUUUAGUCGAGAUUAUUGAUUCUGCUUUGAUCCUAUGAGAGGGAAUACCUGAUUAGGUCAACAGAGCACCAUAGAUUGAUAGUAGUGGAUCGAUUGCUUUAGUCGAGGGUUGAUUCACUGCUUUGUAUCGAUUGAGAACCUCAUUCGAUAGAGGGAAUCUAGUUCAGAACGCCUUGAUCGGUUGUUCUAGAGAAGGAUACGUCCCUCUAGGCAAUUGACUCAAGAGGGCCUUGUUCCUUUAGUCGAGACUCAAGGUCUAGUCAAGGAUUCUCCGCAUUGUGAAUGAAAGUGAAACAAGUUAGAAAUCAUCAAUCGUUAGUCUGGCUAGUGGCUAGGGGGAAUCAUACCUAAGUGAGUUCCCAACCUGUAAUUAGAUUAACUUUAACUGUAGUUUGCUAGAGUAGUUUUAGUUCUUUCAUCUUAAUCUGGUUUGCUAAAUAAUAAACUGAAGCUGAGUAAUAGUAACUCUAGAGACCCGUGGAUUCGAUAUUUAUCACUUGAGCCACUAUACUGCAGUCCCUUCCAUUGGUUACACUUGGCCAUUGUUAGGUGUUGUGUCAUAGUGAGUCAAGUUUUUGGCGCCGUUGCCGGGGUUUUUCUAGAGUAUUAGGAAAGGCAGAAGUUUGUUACUUUAGCGUUUUUCUUUUCUUUUAUUUUCCACCCUUGCUUUUCACUUGGGUGUUUUUGUUUUUGUUGGUGCAGAUCUGAAUCAUGGAUCCUCAUGGCUUCUCCAACAAUUGGGGGUAUCCACCACCAUCCGGGUGGUAUUACCCCGAGACUCCCUGGAGCAAUCAAGGAGGAGAAGACUAUGGAUUCGGGUUCCAGUACCAACCCCCUUACUACGGAGAACAACCGGACCCCUGGGCAUAUCAAGAACAACCUCAUUACCAAAAAGAAUUUCUCCCACAACCAGAAGGGCCAUCGGCGCUGGAGUUACCCAUGGCGGCCUUCACGGGCUAUUCUGCAGAGCCAUGCUACACUCCACAACCAGAUCCAACCUACGAAUUGAGGCUUCUCAUGGAGAGAUCAUGCUCCAGGAUGGAUCAUUAUGUCCAGGCCUUUCGUGAAACAGAGGAGAUCCUCCUGAGCCUUAAGAAGAGCGUCGAUGAUCUUGAGCGAUCUUGGGCACAACCUGCUCCAGAUAACCCUUCUGCUACCAUACAAGAAGAGGAGGAGGAAGAAGAAGGCUACAAGGACAUUGUGGAGCACACUGAAGUUGUCACGGAGAGCUCCCGUGAUGAUCAUGAUCAGGAGUGUCAUGUCGUAGCCGACCACACCUUCCCACACCCCAAACUGAGCUUUGAAGAGGUGGGCAUGAGUGAGGAGAUGCAAGAAGAUCGCAUGAAAGAAAUUGCUUGGCAACUUGCUCUCCAAUCUGUGCUAGAAGAAGAAGAGCAAGAAAGGGUGCAGAAAGAAGUUGUGGAGGAUGACGAAAGUGAAGCUGGAGGAGUUCUUGAUCAUUUCCCAGGGGUGAUACCACAUGAAGAAGGAAGGGAGGUUGAAGAAGCAAUUGGCGUCCAGGCUGAGGACGAAGUUGAGGUGGAAGAGGCUUGCACCGGCCAUGAGUUGCAAGUGAUAUCCCCACCAAACUUUGAGGAACUGCUUAGCAAGGAACCAUUUGCAGUGUUUCUUUGCCGGACCAAAGCCACAUCGAAAUUGGUCCCUCUUGGUGGACGCGAUGGUGGCCAAUCGAUGCUGUCAUAUCUGGUUUGGGGCAAUGAGACGAGAGAAGAGAAGAAGAGGUCUCGAGGGUGGAGACUUCAUCUGCAUCAAGUACAUGAGCCUUCAUCACCUGUCACACCACAUGCUCGUGACUUGAGACUCCACCUCAUCGACGAGAACCUCAACUUCAAGGAGGUUCUAGCAUGGACCGAAACUUAGGAGCCAUCGUCUGGCUCACGACGUGAAAGAAGCGUUUGUUGGGAGGCAACCCAACCAGUCGGUUUGCAUUUCUUUCUCUAUUUCUCCUCGGUUGAGUCAGUUUUGUUAUUUGAUUUUAGAGUCAAUAACUCAACCUUUGUGAGAUUUUGUGUGGUGUUUGUGUUCUGAUUACUCUCUCUUUCUGGAAUGCACCGCCUGACCCGUUCAUCAUCAUUCACCCUUGAUCUGGUAACUUCGUUCUACCCUCCUUAUCUUUCCUCCAUUGAGGACAAUGUCGUGCUUAAGUGUGGGGGGAUGUUCGAUUAUUUAUGCGGGUGAAUGUUUGGCUGUUUGUGUGCUUGGAGCCUAGUCCACUGUCCAAAUUUUUAAAUUUGAGGGCUCCAAGUACGUGUUCCUUGCAAUUUCCUGCUCAGUAUGCUUUGAAUUGACAGUCUUUAUAGUAAUAUGCAACCUAGGGAGGUAGUGUAGCACUAUGGAGGAUGUUGAUGCAUUUAAGAAAUCUCAUUUCUUCUU